CACCACGCGCCUACUUCUCUCACUCACAAGCCUAGAUGCACUAGCACGUUCGUCCACCCCAUAGCCACAUAUCGUCACAAACAUCUUCUCAGACGUCACACACCUUCGCCUACGCACAAGCCCAGAGGCGCUCAGCACCUUCCUCGAACCGUAGCCACGCGCCGUCAACAUGGGUGGCGAUCUCAACCUCAAGAAGUCAUGGCAUCCCCAUUUGCGGAAGAAUCAAGAGCGAGUAUGGAAGGAAGAGAAGUCUGCGCUUGAGGAGCGCAAGCAAAUCGAGAAGCUGCGCAAGGAGCGCGAAGAAGAACGCGCACUUGAGGAACUCCAAAGGCUACAAGAAUCCGCCGGGGGUAGAACUGUCACAAGGCGCGUCGACUGGAUGUACUCUGGACCGAGCGGCGACGGCGCAGGCGUCACCGAAGAGCGCGAAGGCUACCUACUCGGCAAGCGCAGGAUCGACCAACUACUCAAGAACGACACCCAAGACCUUCAGAAAGGCGCCACCGUCGGCAUCAAUGCACUCGGAAACGCAAACGCAAACUCAGCGCGCGACACACAGAAGAAAGUUCUCGAGGAUCCACUCCUGAUGAUCCAGAAGCAAAAGAUGGAGAUGCAGCUGAAGGCGAUGAAGGACGCACAGAAGCAAGCUAAAUACGAAGAGAAGCGGAGUAAAGAGAAGGACAGAGAUAGGAAGCACAGAGACCGCGAUGACCGCCGAAGACGCUCACGCUCGCCACGCCGGGAUGACAGCAGACGCCACCACCGCAGCCGUCGAGAUCGAUCACGCUCACGUGACCGCGAGAGGAGGCCCCGUGAUGACCAUCAUCGCCGUCGCUCACGUUCGCCACACCGUGGGGGUAGUCAGAGUACUCGCGAGGAGCGAUUGGCAGCCAUGCAGGCGGACGCGGCGGAAACCGAGAAGCAGCGCGCAGAGCGCGUUCGUGAGCAGGAGGGCAAGGACGCGGAGGAGGAGAGGCGCAUCCAGAAUAAUCUGAAUACCUCCAAGCGGCUCAACGCUGGUCUGGGAGGUGACAUGGGGCUGGGUGACUCCAUCUCCAGGGGGCGCAUGAGGACAGAAGUCGAUGCUUAGAAGCAGUAGUCUUUGUCCGAUAAGUCUUAGAGCAGCAUGAUACCCCAAUAAAUUCUUUCCACAUGUUACUGAAGUCUUCC